UGACUAUUUCAUGAAACGCAAAAAGUGACAUCAUUGAUGAUCACUAUGCUCCCCCCCAUGAAAAGCAGCAAAGAUUUAUCAUUCCUUCAACUUACGGUUUUCAAAGCACUUAAUGGACCUGUUUCAGAACAUUUACACAUAUAUUGUGAGCAAGUGUCUAUAAAACCCACUCCACUCUCCAGAUUAAGACGUCUCGCUGGAGACAUGUCUUUACAAUUUUAUAUAGUUAAUAUUUUACUCGUUAUGUUUGUCUCACCCUGCCUCAGAAUUGGCAUAUAAUAAAUUACCCUAACCAAUUAGAUGUUGUUCCUGCUUGUUUCCUGUGGUGUUCAAGUUUGCAACCCCUACUAAAAGCUCAGUAAACUUGGGUCGUAGACAGGGACCAUUCCUUAACCAGCCUCUCACCGGCGUUUGAACGCUGCCGCUGAACUCCGAGAGACGAUCCUAAGAGUUGGAAGAUCUUGAGCAAGAGAAAACAAGGGCUUGCAAAGGAGACACCAAUAAUUAAGAUUUAAGGACCACAGUACAACUAUGGAUAGUGAACCAAACCCUGGAGCAUCUUCUGUGUCCACCACAACCAGUAGCACCACCACCACCACCAUCACUACCUCCUCCUCUCGAAUGCAGCAGCCACAGGUUUCAGUCUACAGUGGCUCAGACCGACACGCUGUUCAGGUAAUUCAACAGGCAUUGCAUCGCCCCCCCAGUUCAGCUGCUCAGUACCUGCAGCAGAUGUAUGCAGCUCAGCAGCAGCACUUGAUGCUACACACUGCUGCCCUUCAGCAGCAACAUUUAAGCAGCUCCCAGCUCCAGAGCCUUGCUGCCGUGCAGGCAAGUUUGUCCAGUGGAAGACCAUCUACAUCCCCAACAGGAAGUGUCACUCAACAGUCAAGUAUGUCCCAGACAUCUAUCAACCUCUCCACUUCUCCUACACCUGCACAGUUAAUAAGCCGUUCCCAGGCUUCCAGUUCUACCAGCGGCAGUAUUACCCAACAGACUAUGUUACUAGGGAGUACCUCCCCUACCCUAACGGCAAGCCAAGCUCAAAUGUAUCUCCGAGCUCAAAUGCUGAUUUUCACACCCGCUACCACUGUGGCUGCUGUACAGUCUGACAUUCCUGUUGUCUCGUCGUCAUCGUCAUCUUCCUGUCAGUCUGCAGCUACUCAGGUUCAGAAUUUAACAUUACGCAGCCAGAAGUUGGGUGUAUUAUCUAGCUCACAGAAUGGUCCACCAAAAAGCACUAGUCAAACUCAGUCAUUGACAAUUUGUCAUAACAAAACAACAGUGACCAGUUCUAAAGUCAGCCAACGAGAUCCUUCUCCAGAAUGUAAUAAGAAAGGAGAGAGUCCAAGUCUGGAAUCACGAAGCACAGCUGUCACUCGGACAUCAAGUAUUCACCAGUUAAUAGCACCAGCUUCAUAUUCUCCAAUUCAACCUCAUUCUCUAAUAAAACAUCAACAGAUUCCUCUUCAUUCACCACCUCCCAAGGUUUCCCAUCAUCAGCUGAUAUUACAACAGCAGCAACAGCAAAUUCAGCCAAUCACACUUCAGAAUUCAACUCAAGAUCCACCCCCAUCCCAGCACUGUAUACCACUCCAAAACCAUGGCCUUCCUCCAGCUCCCAGCAGUGCUCAGUCACAGCAUUGUUCACCGAUUCAGAGCCAUCCCCCUCCUUUAACGGUAUCCCCUAAUCAGUCACAGUCAGCCCAGCAGUCUGUAGUAGUGUCUCCUCCACCACCUCAUUCACCAAGUCAGUCUCCUACUAUAAUAAUUCAUCCACAAGCACUUAUUCAGCCACACCCUCUUGUGUCAUCAGCUCUUCAGCCAGGGCCAAAUUUGCAGCAGUCUGCUGCUAAUCAGGUGCAACCCACAGCACAACUGAAUCUUCCAUCCCAUCUUCCACUUCCAGCUUCCCCUCUUGUACACAUUGGCCCAGUUCAGCAGUCUGCUUUGGUGUCCCCAGGUCAGCAGAUUGUGUCUCCAUCACACCAGCAGUAUUCAACCCUGCAGUCCUCUCCAAUCCCAAUUGCAACCCCUCCACAGAUGUCGACAUCUCCUCCAGCUCAGAUUCCACCACUACCCUUACAGUCUAUGCAGUCUUUACAAGUGCAGCCUGAAAUUCUAUCCCAGGGCCAGGUUUUGGUGCAGAAUGCUUUGGUGUCUGAAGAGGAGCUUCCAGCUGCAGAAGCUUUGGUCCAGUUGCCAUUUCAGACUCUUCCUCCUCCACAGACUGUUGCGGUAAACCUACAAGUACAACCACCAGCAUCUGUUGAUCCACCAGUGGGAAUGCAUUUGAACCAGUGUCACCUGCACAAAGUUUUUUCUCUUAAGGUUUAUCAAGUAGAAGAUGUGUGUGAGGAAGAAAUGCCAGAGGAGUCUGAUGAAUGUGUCCGGAUGGAUAGAACUCCGCCACCUCCCACUUUGUCUCCAGCAGCUAUAACUGUGGGGAGAGGAGAGGAUUUGACUUCUGAACAUCCUUUGUUAGAGCAAGUGGAAUUACCUGCUGUGGCAUCAGUCAGCGCUUCAGUAAUUAAAUCUCCAUCAGAUCCCUCACAUGUUUCCGUUCCUGCCCCUCCACUUUUACUUCCAGCUGCUACCACAAGGAGUACUAGUACAUCUAUGCCUGGUAGCACUCCCAGCAUUGAAAACAAGCCUCCACAGGCUAUUGUCAAACCACAGAUCUUGACCCAUGUUAUUGAAGGGUUUGUGAUUCAGGAGGGAUUGGAGCCAUUUCCUGUUAGUCGUUCAUCUUUGCUAAUAGAACAACCUGUGAAAAAAAGGCCUCUUUUGGAUAAUCAGGUGAUAAAUUCUGUGUGUGUUCAACAAGAGCUACAGAACAAUACAAAGCAUGCAGAUAAUUCAUCUGAUACAGAGAUGGAAGACAUGACUGCUGAAGAGACAUUAGAAGAAAUGGACAGUGAGUUGCUCAAGUGUGAAUUCUGUGGGAAAAUGGGAUAUGCUAAUGAAUUUUUGCGGUCAAAACGAUUCUGCACUAUGUCAUGUGCUAAAAGGUACAAUGUUAGCUGUUCUAAAAAAUUUGCACUUAGUCGUUGGAAUCGAAAGCCUGAUAAUCAAAGUCUUGGGCAUCGUGGCCGUCGUCCAAGUGGUCCUGAAGGGGCAGCGAGAGAACAUAUCCUUAGGCAGCUUCCAAUUACUUAUCCAUCUGCAGAAGAAGACUUGGCUUCUCAUGAAGAUUCUGUGCCAUCUGCUAUGACAACUCGUCUGCGCAGGCAGAGUGAGCGGGAAAGAGAACGUGAACUUCGUGAUGUAAGAAUUAGGAAAAUGCCUGAGAACAAUGACUUGCUUCCAGUUUCCCAGACAGAGCCCUCUAUAUGGACAGUUGAUGAUGUCUGGGCCUUCAUCCAUUCUUUGCCUGGCUGCCAGGAUAUUGCAGAUGAGUUCAGAGCACAAGAGAUUGAUGGACAGGCCCUUCUCUUGCUAAAAGAAGACCAUCUCAUGAGUGCAAUGAAUAUUAAGUUAGGUCCAGCUCUAAAGAUCUGUGCACGCAUCAACUCUCUGAAGGAGUCUUAACAGGCACAUGGGCCUUUGAUAAAACACCAGUUUUAUUCUUCUUAAACAGACUUGUAAGGUAAAGGCCUAAUUUGGCCUAAAAUACUACAUUUAUUAUGAUGGAUGGCCAAGCACAUUGAGAUCUCUGCAUCAAAUGCUGACAUUUCUUCUACAGAUGUAAUCAUUGUACAUUUUCAUAAUUAGUCAACAUUGGUGAAAUUAAUUUUAUAGGUUACAUGCAACAUUGAAAGACUUGUUAUAGAGGGCCAUGGUAUUUUUCAAAGAAACAUGUUAUACUAGAUAAUUUUUUUAGAAGUGAUUUUAUCAUAAUAUAAAGAAUCCUUUUAAAUGUAAUUUGAUGAUUUACAUUUUUUUAAUUUAGUUUUCUUAUACUUCUUUGUACCCUAUUAAUUUUCUACAAAUUGUCAUAAAGAUACUGAAUAAUUUAGGAGUCCAAUAAUGGAAUCAUACAUAAUGAAACAUCAGUUUGAAUUUUAAAAAUCGUAUCUUUCAGACAAAUACUUUGUCUCUAAGAAAAUAUUGUAUACUAGCAUGAAUAAUACUGAUCUAGAGAUCAAGAGUUGGUUUCUGUUUCAGACUUAAAGCAGAGUUCUUAAUGGAAGACAGUUUUGCUCUCCAGAAGACAUUUAGAAAUAUUUUGGUUGUCACAGCUUGAGGUUGCUCUUGCUAUCUAGUAGGAGGAAGCCAGAGACAUUCUUAAAUAACCCACAAUGUACAGGACAGCCCUCCAUUAUAAGGAAUUGUCUGAUCCAAAAUGCCAACAGUGCCAAGGUUGAAAAACCCUGAUGAGGAAGGAGUGAUAAAUGUUGCUCUUUUUCACCCAAAGGGAGUUUUAAAAGAUGGGGCAUAAUAAGGAAUACAUAUACAAUGGUAGUAUUAUUUAGAUAGUAUUAAUGUUCUGAAGUAUUUUUCCAAAUUUAUUAUGUACACACAAAGGAGGGAAAACAUAAAAUUGGCUUAAAAAUAAAGACUAGCUUAUAAAUAAUUUGACCCUCAGAUACUACUGAUUCAUAUUAUCUUGCUUAUCUCUGUGCUCCUUUGCACUGAAGAAGGCAUAAUACAAUUACACUGAUAAUUCAUUACAUCUUUUUCUGGCCAGAAAACUUUGCAGUGGAUGCGUGAUUGAUCUUUGGAUAUUUUUUUCUAAUAUUGAAUAUGCUGAGUCUAGCUAGCAUGCACAUUCCUUUUUCCUUUACUAAAUCUUUGCAUGCUUCCUGCAAAGCACUUACCGAGUGAUUUCUCUUGGAUAAUCAUAUCUAAUUUUUAAAAAUUUUUAUUUCACUGAACAGUUUUCUGUAGAGUUGGGACACUAAAACAAAAUCAUGGGAGUAUGAGAGCUUUACAGUUCUGGACAUCAAAAGUUUUUAAGGGCCUGGAGAUUUAGCUCAGCUCAGUGGUUCCACUGCCUGUCUCGCAAGCGCAAGGACCCAAGUUCGAUCCCUGGUACCAAAAAAAAAAAAGCUUUUAAGAAGAUUAUGAAGGUUUUGUUUUAAUCAUUUCUUGUAUCUUUACGAUUGAAAUAUUUUAAUAAUUGAAGGGACACACACUGAUAUUUGGCCACAGGAACUAAGUAAGUGAAGACAAAACGAGUCCAUGAGUUUUAGUCAUUUUUCACUGUUCUUUUCUAAAAGAUUUUGUUGAGCUAGUACAAAAUUAAAGAUGUCACUGGGCCGGGGAUUUAGCUCAGUGGUUCCGCUGCCUGCCUCGCAAGCACAAGGUCCCGAGUUCGAUAUCCGGUACCAAAAAAAAAGAAAAGAUGUCACUAAAGACAUCACAGAUAUUUAUCUUUCAGCUUUGUGUACAUUAGAAAAUGUUGAUUAUUUUUAUACAAAAAUACAGCGGGUAAUUUUUUUAAUCUUUAGAUGCCUCUUGUUUGAAUGUAUGCUUUGUGGGAUUCUUUGUGUAGUAACGUUUUUAAAAUGAUGUUUAUUGAUAGUCAUGUGUAGGAUUAGAAUGUGUAAUGUAAUAUAAGGCUCAUGUUCCAGACCCACAAUAGCUUGUAGUCUAUGUUAUAUAUUUCUUUGUAUCACAUUUUUAAUUACUGGAUUAAAGUUUCAAGGAAAGGUAGUACUCUAUAAUCAGUUUUCAUUCAUUAGUAGUUAAUCAUGAUGGAAUUGCCAUAUGCUUUUCCUCUCACCUUGCAAUUUCAGAAUAUAUAGGCUAAGCAGUUGUAAGAGAUUACCCACUAGAUGUGAAGGAAGGAGGCACAGAGGAAAAUCUCCCUUGAAAUGAAAACUUUAUUGUAGGUAAAACUGAUUAUUCAGGGAUAGCCUCCCCUAGCAAUAAUGAUUCUCUCUCUUUACUGUUUUAUCUAUAGCCUUUAAGGUGUUAACUUUGAAUUAUGUUCUAAGUUUUCUUUUUAUCAGCUUCCUGUACUAAUAUCAGUUUUUCUGUACUUAAGCCCCUGUGCCAAGCACUGUGUUAAGUAUUUAGAAGAUGAUCAUAAGAAGGAUUUCUACUGGAGAACACCUUGAACUCCUAAAUCUUAAAACUCGUCCGAUCUUCUGUUGUCCCCACUCAUAACAUACUUAGAAAAUACACUUGGUUUCACAUCAUUUCUUUUGAGGAAGUGGUUCAUUUACCAUCUACUGAUAGUUCUAACAUUGAUGCACCUAUAUCUGUCUAGAUGAUGUAAUUACCUUAAUUUCAAAGCUUCAGUUACAUGUAAUGGAACACUGGCUGUCCACCUCUGAGCUUUGAGCCAUUUCAAUGUGAUAUAGGUAGGGAGAGUGCUACUAUUUCAUUUCCUUCCAUUUUACUGUUUUAGGACUUUGGGGGAAAAAAGAAUGACAAGCAGAUAGGAAACAUGGGAGGUUUUCCUAUUUCUGCUACCUAUAUAUUUGCAUUUCCUCACUUUAAACUGUUGCACUCUUUUCCCAUUGGGGAGAAAACCACAAUUUUUAUUUGCUUUAAGCUUUGUAUUCCUAGGAAAGUAAAUAAGCUGUGAGAACUGGUUUGUAAAAGUAUUUUUGUAUGACAUUACUGUUUAUCAACCCUUGCAUAGUCAUGUGUAAGACACAGCUAAGGCAGCUCUAAUAUAAUCAGUUUAGCAUGGGACAGACUGUCCCCAAACCUGUCAUCUUUCUAGUGGCAUAUAACUCUUUGAAAUUUGUUGUGGAAUCCUCUAAACAGAAUUUUUUUUUAAGUCUCCAUUGAAGGGCCAUCACUGAGGAACAGAGAAGGUAGAACAUGAGGAAAGAAAUGUUAGUGCUUGACUUGAGAAUGGGAAUGAGGCAGACAAGGAGACCUGCAACUUGUUUAGCUCACUUCAGCACUGAAAAACUUUCUGCACUUUUGAUUUUAAUAUUCACAUUUUACCUAUCUUAAAAUAGAAAUGAUUUUUUUUUUAGGUUAUCCCACUGUUUAUUUUUGCUUUCUGGUGUAUUGAAAUACUCAUGACUUUUUUUUUUUUUGUACCAGGGAUUGAACUCAGGACUUUGUGCCUGCAAGGCAGGCAUGGUGCCAUUGAGCUAAAUCCCCAGCAACACUCAUUAACUUGUAUGAAACAAGUAUUGUGACCAUGGUUUGAAGAAUUUUUUUUUUUUUUUGGUACCGGGAAUCGAACUUGGGUCCUUGGUCUUGCGCAGUAGGCGGCGAAACCACUGAGCUAAAUCCCCGGCCCUGGUUUGAAUAAUUUUUGACAUUCUAUCUUCAUAUAUUAAGUAUAGAAUUGCAAAUCAGACAUCUAUUCAGAAUACAACCCGUGGACUGAAAUUUGUCAUAGUGCCCCCUCUCUCACUGGCUUGUUCAAUUACAUUUUUUUUUUUUUUUGGUACCGGGGAUCAAACUUGGGUCCUUGCGCUUGCGAGGCAAGCGGCAGAACCACUGAGCUAAAUCCUCGGCCUCAGUUACAUAUUUUAAAGUCCAGUGUUUACAUUUGCAGGAUUUUGGUACCACCAUGCCACAGGUAUAUUAGGGAUGCAAUAGAGUCACAUAGUCUUAGGCUGUGUUUUCAUGUGUUUAAACAAUCUUGGAAAGAAUAAACUAUUAUAGAUACAUGUUAAUGAACCUGACCUUAGAGCUCUGUCCAGUAGAUAAAUCUCUGACUUGGAAACACUGCUAAAAUGUUUUAGAUAUAUUUUCAACCAGAAUAGCCUGGUUCUAAUUUGAAGACGCUCAUUCUUGAUGAAUGACAGAAACACAUGCUGCGCACUGGCACUGUGUUAGCUAAUGGCAUUAAAGGGUCCCACCUCACUUCCUCCUAUAAAGUUGCUUUCAGCUCCCAGAGCUGCAUGAAUGAAAACUUUUCUUUGGGAGACUUUUAUCUGAAAAAUCCUGGAGAUUUUGUAAUGAGGCUAAUUUUAAGGAGGGAAGCAGCCUUGGCACCUUUUCUAAAAUGGUGUCUAGCAGUCACGUUUCAGUGAAAUCUUUGGGUAGUAGAAACUGGCCCAGCUAUGUACAUGUUUGCUCAGUCUGUUUCUGGUGUACCAUGUAUGUAACUAGCUCUGUCCUUUAGAAGGAUUUCUGGGAGGGAAAGUGGGAAUUGGAGGAGACAUAUAGGAAGACAAAAAGUAUUCCAGACCCAAGAUGAUAGCACAAUUAAGUGAAAUCAUGUAGUAUAGAUAUGACUUUCAUCAGCAGUUCAAAAUAAUUGUAAUUGUUGGGUUCCCAUUAUGGUAAUGCACAAGUUUAGGGUCUUUUGUCUGUUUGGUGGUGCUGGGGAUUGAGCGCAGGAUCUCUCAACCCCUAAAUUAUGUUCCCAACUCCUAUAAUUUGUCAAGAUUUACCUGAAUAAAAUUUGUUUAAAAUUUGGUAAUUACUUUGCCAAUUAACCCUGACCUUAGGAACACAGAUAUUAAUAGUACCAGUGACACAUAAGUUAGUGAUUUUUUAAUUUUUGAAGAUGACAGCUAUUACAAUUGGAGAAUAAUUUGUCAAAAAUUCAAAGGCUCUUAUGUCCAAAAUUAUAGAGAAUAGUUUCUAUUUUCAGGUCCCACAUUUGAACCAACUAUUAUAAAGAAAGAUUAGGUUGUGUCUCAGUUUGAGGAUUGGGUGACUAAGAGCUAUAGGGUUUCUCUUUACUAGUCCCAAUUUCAGAAAACACAAACAUACCUCUAUUUCUUAGGUGCAAAGCAGUAUGGAUCAUACCAUGAAUGAUGUAACCUACAUUCAUUAAUACUGGUAUUUUGUAAAUCUAGAGUAUUCAAUUUCAUCUCAAAGACUGUGAUUCAAUUUAGAUAAGCACAAAUACAGUAUUAGGAAGUCAAUAUACCAUCUUACUAAAACUUAAACCUGUGAAGCUGUACAUCUUUAAAAAACUGGGGAGCAUACCUUUUGUUAGAAAUUCGUAUAAUGUAUCACUGUAUGAAUUCCUUCAUAACAGCAAUACAAGCCAUUUUUUCAAAAGUUUAUUACAUUACUGUUUUUGGAAAAAGUUUCCAAAGUUUUGCACUUUUUAGCACAUAUUUAACUUUAGAAUCACACCAUGACAAAGCUGUUUUGUAAGGCACUGAUGUAAUUACCAUCACAUUCCAGAGGAAACCAUCUGGCGAGUCCAUGCCCUCCCUUCUGUGUCUUCAAGGCAGCUUCCCUGUGCAGGGCCUUUGUUGUGGUUGUCUUUAAAAUAUUCACUUUGAGUUUUUUAAAAAAUGAGUAAAUAAUCUCUGUCAGUUGUACCAGGUAGUCUCAUUGAAUUAACAUGAUGAGUGAAGACACAUCACACUGGGCUGGAGACUGGAUCUUCACCUCAUUUCGUUGGUUAAUUAGUUGUGUGACACCUUGGGCGAUUAUGUAAUCUUCUGAACAUACAGUAUUGUGCCUGCACUACUCAAAAUGUGCAUUUUGGCUUAAAGCAUCUUGGUCUCUCCCAGUUCUGCAGUUGUGAUGCUAGGCCACAUAAUGGAGUUUUUUAAAAGCUGCAUCUACUCUUCUCUUUUGCUUUUUAAUGGUUUUAUACUUAAGAGCUUUUGCUAAAAAAUUAUUAAGCAUCCAUUUCCUGGGUCACUUUAUAGUAUUUAUUCUCUUAAGGAUUGAGGUAGAAAAUUCACACAGAUAAGCAAAUGAUAACCUUUUUCUAAAUGCUACCUGUUGGUUAACCAUGGAACACAUGAACAUGAGUAUUGUUAUAGUUAGAUAUCCAUUUAACAAAUAAUUUGAAUGCUCAUAUCAUGUGUGGUAUAUAUGAUUAAGAAACUAACAAGUAAAGUCAUCCCAAACAAAAUUCAUUUUAGCUUAAACAUAAUACUAUGUACAGACUAAUUUGGAACUGAGAAGGAAUGUUUUAUUGCAUUAGGUAAAGAAUUAGACCAGAUGACAGUCAAAGGGUCUGAAUCACACCCUAAUUCCUGUAACACAUUUCAUAUACUACACAUCAAUAGACCAUAUUCUUGAUAGAUUACAAAAUUAAGAUCACUUAACAUUAAUAACUUACAUUUUGAAACUCUUGAGAGAGCCAAUAUUUCAUAGCAUUAUUUUGACCCUUGAGUAUGUUUCAGCGUUGUUGAUAUGCAGGGUGUGUGACAGGACAAAAAAAGUUGACAUUGAUUUAUUGUACAUUUUUAACUGCAAAAGCUUUAACCAUUAUUGGCAGUGUAGCAGUUUUUAGAAUGUAUACUGCCAAAGCGAGCAUAAGUGUAGGCAAUUUUUGAAAACUGAAAAAUCUCAAAGGAAAUCACUAGAACAGGCCUUUUGUGUGAUUACACAAAAAUUUUAUAUUUUAAGAUCACCACCUUUUAAAGCUAUGUAAGAAUCAAUUAUAGUACGUAUUGCAUAAUACAAGGGUGCCCUUUAAAAUGCAGAACUGUUAAAACCAUUGCUUGAAUUCACAAGUAUUCAGAGAGUAAACAUUGAAAGGGAGAAUCAGUUAUUAAUGGGGUAAAAUUCCUUUGUCACUCUAGGAUUCAAAACCACAUUGUAAUUUCUAGCUUUAAAUAUUAAUAUCGGUUGAUACUAACAUUCAUGAAAAUAUAUUUAAAAACUUUUACAUUCAUAGUUGCAGUUGAAGCAGGAAAAUAUCCAAAUAAGUGGGAUUAGAAUCUAGACUCUUUCAAACCAAUUGAAACAGGAACACUGACAUCUAAAUUGCCAGACAACCUAGGUUUUAUAAAUUGUUCUGUGGUACUGGUUAAAAAUUAUUUUUAAUGUUUUAAUUAAGUUAUACUUGUUUUUUCACAUAUUUUAUUCAAAUUAUGCUGUUAAAAUAUCUAUUGCAUAUUAUGCUGUUAAAAUAUCUAUUGCAUAUUUUUUGUAUAUGUGUUCUUAAAUUUUGAAGUCAGUUGAGUACAAAGGUGGUAAUUUUGGACAUAUAAUUUCCAGGUUGUUUGACUAGAUUCCUAGUCGCUUCAUUUAAAUGAUUUGUCUUGUUUUUUCCAUAAGAGGAAAAAGAGUGAGUUCCAAAACCUAUCCUCAAGGUAAGGAUUAUGCCUGUAGUGAAGAUUGGCUAUUGUGGACAGCAGUGUACAGGGACAGAUAUUGACAGUAGUGAAUUGCGGCAUGAUAAAAAAUUAGUGAAUUUUUUCUUUUAAAUUUGUUAAAGACACAUUGCCAUUAAUCCCCCUCAGAAUACUCCUCACUUCAAACAUACUUAUCCCAUCAUUCUUGCCACUUUCUGAAGCAGUUUGGAAGUCCUGUCAUGAGUGUUUUUAGUUGCAUUGUUAUGGCUGCCUCUGACUCAAUUAAAAAUGUUUACUUCUCAUGUUCAUUUUGACUUUGGGAAACAGCCAUUAAGUUGCAUGAUGCCAAAUCUGGUGAAUGAGGACAUACCACAAUGUUUUUACCAGCCUGACACUGUUGGAUAGCACUCAGUGGCAUCAUUCACCUUAUUUUUAAUAACACCUCAUAAGACACAAAAGAGAACUUCCUAAACUGCUUCAGAAAGUAGCAAGAAUGCUGGGGUAAGUGGGUUUGAAGCAAAGGGGAGUAGUUUGAGGGGGAUUAAUGGCAAGGAUAUUUACUAUAAUAAAUAUUUCAAAAUUUAAAUAUUCACCAUAUAUUUCAAUCACACCUUGUAUUUAAGCCUUAAAUUAGAAAUUUUCUUUUUGCUUUAAAAACUUCUGUAGUUGUUAACAAAGGCAAAUUGUUGUGGUAAGCUUUUUCAAAUUUUUGAUGAUUCAAGCACAUCAAUUUUUUUCAUUCUUCCUUUUGUUUCCUCCCAUUGUUCUAAAAUAGAACUUUCAAUCCCAGCAUUUGAGAGGCUGAGGCGGGAGGAUCACCAUGCGUUCAAGGCCAGCUUCAGCUACAUAGUGAGUUCAAGGCUAGUCUAAAUUACAUGGUGAGAUCUUGACUGUCAACCAAUAAAUAAAUAAGAAAGACUUUCAUAUUAUUAAACCUCAAAAAAUGAUCCACCCAGGAUGAACAAAGAAUCACCAAGGGAAAGAACUUUAUCUUUACAGGAACCAAAAUGUUGAGAUUAUAUAGAGUGUAUUCUUUACAUUGGCUAUUGUAUUAGAGUCCUCCUUACAGGAAAUGAAAUAGUUUUUGCACUCUUAGAAUUAGAAUUCCUAGACUAGUCUCUGUGGCUAAAGUUUUUAAAUGUAUAGCCUGAAAAUGAAGUUAAUUUUGCAUUAUAAGAGCACACCAUGAUUUAUGUAAAAAGUGUUCAUUUGGUGUAUUUUUUUAAAAAAGAGAAAGCACUUUCAUAUUAACAAAUAGCAUGGUUAUGAAUUUUAGAUUUUCCUAUUCGUUGUGUCUAUUCAGUGAAGUAAAACAGCAUUCAAAUGUUUGUUGAUGGCAACAUUAAUUGAAAGCACCUUAUGCUCUGCUGCUUAAACUUGCUUGUAAUUGCACCUUUGUUACCUGCACAUUUUCACACAGAAUAUUGUUGUAACAUUGCUUCACAUGGGUCUGGAUGGAAGACGAGUGGGCCUACAGGAUCAUUUAUUUAUAUUGUUUAUAUACAAUAAUAUAUUGUAGACUAGAUGUAAGUUCUUUACAAAUAAAAGCCUCUUCCAUUUG